GUUCAAAGGUUGCGUGUUGCGUUUUUCUUGUCGUGUAUAAACGUGGGGUUUAACUCGAGGAAAAAGGCGUUUUAAAAAGAAACACAAAACAAAACUGUGGAUUGCUGCCAUCCAGCUGUGAUGUCUUCGUACACCUGUAUCAGCUGCCGCGUUCAGUUCUCUGACGCUGACGUGCAACGUGCGCACUACAAGACUGACUGGCACCGCUACAACCUGAAGCGUAAGGUAGCCAACAUGCCACCAGUCACCGCAGAGAACUUCCAGGAGCGUGUCCUGGCUCAACGUGCGGCCGCCGAACAGCAGCUGGCAGAUGCGCACAGCCUCGCAACCUGCACCACGUGCAACAAGAAGUUCUCCACCGACAAUGCCUACAACAACCACCUACAGUCGCAUAAGCACCAGCAAGCUGAGAAGAAAGCCGUGGCCGCUGCCCAGGAAGCAGUGCAGCGCAUGAACGAGAAGAACCUGGAGAAAGGAGCUGAGCUGGACAAGGACGCUCAGAACGAGGCGAUUCAGAAAGUCAUGAGGGAGGGGCUGAGGCAGAAACAGAGGCAAGCCCACUCAGGAGCCACCCCCACAGACAGGCAGAGUAGGAAGAGACCGGAAAAAGCACCAAGGCUAGAGUGGUUUGAGCGGCAAGCCAAGAAGAUCGCUCAGGAGGAGGAUGAUGAAGUGGAGGAGGAUGCUGUGGAUGAAGAAGAAUGGGAAGAUGUUGAUGAGGAGGAGGAGGAGGAGAUGGAAGCUGAUGAAGAGCAGCAGAUGGAAGAGGACAGCGUAGCCACGCCUGCUCCGGCUCCAGGAUCCAUCCCUGUAACUGACUGUCUGUUCUGUUUGCACCAUUCACACUCUUUGAGCAAAAAUGUGGCCCACAUGACCAAAGAGCACAGCUUCUUCAUCCCCGACAUCGAGUACCUGGUUGAUCUGAGAGGACUCCUCGCAUACCUGGGAGAAAAGGUGGGUUUUGGCAAAGUUUGUUUAUGGUGUAAUGAAAAAGGGAAGUCGUUCUACUCGACCGAAGCGGUGCAGGCGCACAUGACCGACAAAAGCCACUGCAAACUCCACACCGAUGGAGACGCAGCACUCGAGUUUGCCGACUUCUACGACUUCAGGAGUAGCUACCCAGACGCUCAUGAUGGUUCCGAUGCAGAAAUGAAGGACGGCGUGCUUCCCGAAGACAAGGCGGUGGAGUAUGACGACGAUACUCUCGAGCUCACGCUGCCGUCCGGGGCGAAGAUCGGUCACCGCUCACUGAUGCGUUACUAUAAGCAGCGUUUCGGGGCAGAGAGGGAGCUGGUACCUGUACACAACCAGCGCGCUGUGGGCCGAGUGCUGAAGCAGUACCGUGCUCUGGGCUGGGCUGGAGAAUCUGGUAAAGGCUCGGCCGUCCAGCAGCAGAAGGACAUGCGGUACGUACAGAGGAUGAAGUCUAAGUGGAUUUUGAGGAUGGGAAUGAACAGCAACGUGACCAAGCAGACUCACUUCAGGGCCCAGGUCAUGUUCUAAACCUGGUUGAAACCAUUCUGUUAUGAAUUUACGACCCAAAGAGGAGACAUCAUGCUCUUGGUUACCUGGCAUGCGGUUCUGUUUAAGGACCUUGUUGAUUUUUCUUAACAAAUGAUUACCAUUAAGGACAUUGAUGAUGUGGAUACAUGGAUGAUGGGAAACACCUAUUUAUUCUUGCUGAACUCACCAGUUAUGACUAGCCAAAUUCGAGAACGUGUGAAUUUGAUUUUUUUUUUCUUUUAGAAUCGGCUAGCUCGUUAUUGUACUAUAGAACACAUUAACGUUACUAUCUGUGGAGAGAACUGUAAAUCCUCUCUGUACAGCAGAUUAUAAAAUAAACUAUUUUUCUGUCUAUGAGUUCAAAAA